ACAAUGAACUACGUGGGGCAGCUUGCAGAAACUGUCUUUGUCACAGUGAAGGAGCUGUACCGGGGCCUGAACCCUGCCACCCUGACGGGCUGCAUCGAUGUGGUCGUGGUGAGGCAGCCCGAUAACUCCUUCCAGUGCUCCCCAUUUCACGUGCGCUUUGGGAAGCUGGGUGUGCUGCGCUCCAAGGAGAAGGUGGUUGAUAUCGAAAUCAAUGGGGAGCCGGUGGACCUGCACAUGGAGCUGGGUGACAAUGGAGAGGCCUUCUUUGUCCAGGAGUCGGAGGAAAAUGAGGACAGCAUCCCCUCCAGCCUCUGCACAUCACCCAUCCCUGGGGAGGAGACCUCCAGCACUGAAGCCAACCCGCGCAAGAGGAGGCGGCGCAGGAGGAAGCCUAAGCGGAAGGAGAUGCUGGACUCCCAGUUAGAAGGCUGCCAGGAGGCUGUAAGCGAGGUCUCCAUGGACAAGAGCGAUCCAAUGUAUUUCUCCUUUGCUGACCUCCCUGAAGAAGAAACUGGGUCGUGUCAGUCCCCGGAGAUGCAUCCUUACUCUGAUGGGGAGCUGGCCUCCAUGGACAGCCCCACCCUAGGCCUUCUGUCUUCUCCCAAAAGUGACUCUGAACUGGAGAUCAGACCACAGGAGAGUUUUGCUCUAGGGGCUGAAUCCCACAUGCAGUGGGCAUGGGGAAGGCUGCCUCAGGAUGGGAAUGGCCUCCCCAGGCUGAAGGACAUCCCCAGUGGUCUGGGGGCAGAGAGCUUGGUGGAGGCCACCUCAGCCCCACAAGAGAAACAGGAGGGAGGUGGGAGUGUUGUGCCAGAGGUGGAGCCUUUUGGGGGAGCCACUGUUCCAAGGCAGGGGGGCUCAGAGGGCGCUGCGCUCCAGCUGGAAAGCCAGAGGAGACAAGGAUCCAUCAAAAGAAGUCCUCACUUGGGUCCCAGUGGAAUUUACCUGGAAGACCUCUCCAGCCUGGAUGAGGAGCAGGUGGCUCUCUAUUUCCCCAGGAGUGACACAGAGCAGAGUUCAAAGCCUGUGGCAGACCCCAGCAACCCUCUGUGUGUCCAGCUGCUGUCCAACUUGCCUGCUGACAGCCCCGCAGACUCAGACUCUGAUUUGAUGCCCACAAUUGCGCUCUCACUGUGUGGAGGCCUGGGGGACAGCAGGCAGAUCUCUCACGAGAAGUUCAUGGAGCACAUGGUCUCCUACCAGCAGUUUGCUGAGAAUCCAGGACUCAUCGAUGACCCGAACCUGGUGAUACUGAUCAACAAGAAGUAUUAUAGCUGGGCAGUGGCUGCUCCCAUGAUCCUGUCCCUGCAGGCUUUCCAGAGGAACAUUCCUGAGAGCACCAUCGACCAGCUGGUGAAGGAGAAGAUGCCCAAGAAAGGCAGCAGAUGGUGGUUCUCCUGGAGGAGGAGAGAAUUCCCAGCAGAGGAGGUGUCUGCAGUGGUGGCUGUGACAACCAUGUCCCCAGGGCAGGAGGAGGAGGUGUCUUCCAGUGAUGAUGAGCCUCUGCACUCCGAGGACAUGUUGGCAGAUGCACAGAAACCUCAGCCAACCCACAAGAAAUCCCUGCGACUCUCCUCUGAACAAAUAGGAAGGCUGAAUUUGCGGGAUGGCCCCAAUGAGGUGGCAUUCAGUGUGACGACUCAGUACCAGGGCACGUGCCGCUGUGAGGCCACCAUCUACCUGUGGAACUGGGAUGACAAGGUGGUGAUCUCGGACAUUGACGGCACCAUCACCAGGUCCGAUGCUCUUGGGCACAUCUUGCCACAUCUAGGAAAAGACUGGACUCAUCAUGGGAUUGCUAAGCUCUUCCACAAAAUCCACCUGUAG